AUCACCAAAAACACGUGUGUUAGUCAACAUAACCUCAACUUUAAAUAACCACAAAACCGUAAUUUUUUAAAAUAUUUAGCCAUGGCCACGGUCCCCGGGUUCGCAAACCCGGACCAAACCGUCGAAAUCAAUGACUCGACUGAAGAAAAAGUAAAAAAGAAGGGCUCGAAAAAAGGGGGUGGUUUCCAAUGCAUGGGGCUCAGUUACAACGUCCUGAAGGGCAUAACGAAGCGAGGCUACCAACAGCCGACCCCAAUCCAACGCAAAACAAUUCCUCUCGUGCUAGAAGGGCGAGACGUGGUGGCAAUGGCACGCACCGGCAGUGGCAAAACUGCCUGUUUCCUGAUCCCAAUGUUUGAGAAACUGAAAAUACGGAGCGCUAAGGCGGGGGCCAGAGCUUUGAUUUUGUCCCCAACGCGCGAGUUGGCCUUACAAACUUUAAAGUUUAUUAAAGAGCUGGGGCGCUUUACUGGCUUGAAAUCGGCGGUGAUUUUGGGUGGGGACUCUAUGGAUGACCAAUUUUCGGCUAUUCACGGUAAUCCUGAUAUAAUUGUGGCGACACCAGGCAGGUUUUUGCACGUCUGUAUUGAGAUGGAGCUCAAGUUGAACAGUGUUGAAUACGUUGUUUUUGACGAAGCUGAUCGGUUGUUUGAGAUGGGGCUUGGGGAACAGUUGACUGAGAUUGUAAACCGGCUGCCGGACGCAAGACAAACCGUUUUGUUUUCGGCAACUUUGCCCAAAGUUUUGGUCGAGUUUGCCAAAGCUGGAUUGAAUGAUCCCGUUUUGUUGCGUUUGGAUGUUGAGUCGAAAAUUCCGGAAGAGUUGCAAUUGUGGUACAUUAUUGUGAGACCUGAGGAACGUCUCGCAGCUUUGCUCGUGCUUUUAAAGACACAUAUUGAUAAUAAACAACAAACUGUGGUUUUUGCGGCCACGAGACACCACGUCGAGUACAUUCAUAUGAUUUUGGAUCGUGUCGGUGUUAGUAACACUUAUAUUUACUCAAAUUUGGAUCCUUCAGCUCGUAAAAUAAAUGCGGCGAAAUUUUCCACUGGGAAAGUUAAGGUUUUAGUGGUAACUGAUGUGGCAGCUCGUGGUAUUGAUAUUCCGCAGUUGGAUAAUGUGAUAAACUACAAUUUUCCGGCCAAGUCAAAAUUGUUUGUCCAUAGGGUUGGUCGAUGUGCACGUGCCGGUCGCUCAGGCACAGCCUACUCCCUGGUCACCCCUGACGAAUACCCCUACCUACUCGAUUUGCAUUUAUUUUUGGGGCGCCCUCUAUCCAUCAAAACUCGAACCGAAAACGAGGGUUCGGUUGGAAAAAUCCCACAAGCGUUACUUGAAGAACAACAUAGUGCCCUUUUAACACUACACGAAAACAACAUAGAUUUGGUAAGCAUGAAAAAAGUGACCGAAAAUGCGUAUUUGCAAUACGUGCGGUCACGGCCAGCUGCGUCCUCAGACAGUAACCGAAGAGUCAAAGAAUUGGCGUUUGCGAGUUGUGGAAUUCAUCCGAUUUUUGGCGAUUAUAAGGAAUAUGUGGAGGAAGAACGGGAGAAUUUACUGGAAAAAAUGAAAAGUUAUAGGCCACAAGGGACAAUAUUCGAGAUCUGUGGGAAAAACAAGUCGCAGGAAUAUCAAAUUAUGAAGCAGAAAAGGUCGUUUCAUAAAGAAAAAAUCACAAGUUUUCACCAAAAUCAGGAACAGAAGGAAAAUGAAAAACAAUUAUUGAACCACAAGGACGAAACAACUUUGGCUAAAAGUAGUUCAGAAGAUAUUGACGAUGCAUUUGACCGAGUCAUAACACCUAAGAAGCGCAAAUUGGAGAAUUUGUACAAAAGGAAUAAAAAACAGAAAACGAAAGAUGAAAAUUUUAUUCCCUAUUUACCUGCCGAUCGACACACUGAGGAAGGCUUGGCUAUUAAUAAUUUCCACAAUGAGGCAAGUAAAGUCGCGUUAGAUUUAACCGGAGAUUCGGCAGAAACGAUGCGGAAAAGUGUACAAGCGAAGAAGUGGGACCGGAAAAAGAAGAAAAUGGUGGCAGUUCCGGACAAACGGAGUGGUAAAAUUAAGACAGAGUCAGGUGUUUGGAUACCAGCAACUUACAAAAGCAAUCGCUACGCGCAAUGGAAGGAAAAAUCAAAGAUUGGCCAAAGCAACAGUGAUGAUGAAAAUGACGAAACAGGUCCUUCAGGUCCCAAAUUGCACACCGAAGCCAAGACGCAUUGGGCCCGCCACAACAAAAAACUACAACAGAAGCAAAGAAAAUCCGAAUUGAAAACAACCGAUCAAAUCCUGAAGGCGCGAAAAAUCGCCGAAAAGAAAAAGAACCGACAGAAGAAAAAAGGCAAGAAAGUGAAACGAAACAAAUAAAUUUAUUUUUUCGCUCUGA